GUUCCGUGGCUGGAUAUAAAAUAGUGGUCUGAAACCAAGACCAGUUCGUCUGUUUAUGGGCCUUAUCAGAUUAUCAUAUGUUAUCAUCAUUUUUGUCCUGCAUUUCUAAAAUGUAACAUUAUAAACCACCACUAUGCAAUCAGCCUCAAGUCAUGGAUACCACCUAAAAAAUCAAGUCUUCUUUUCGUAUGCAGACAAGGUUACUCAGAAAGCGAGUCACAGUGUGAUAUCGAUUUUGAACCUUUUGUCGAACAUGCAUUUGCCCGGCUUGUGUCGCUCAACAACUAAGGAAGCACCACUGCAGCAUCCUUAAUGAAGACGUCCGAUGCAUGUCCUGCAACAAUCACAGGGAUCAAACGUUCCUGCGACGAUGAGGCCAAUAUAUUCAUUCCUCCCGACUACAAAUUCAAAUUUAUACCCUCGCUACCCUCUAACAAGAAACAUAAAGAGUCCUCUGCUCAUUCGCGCGUCUACUACAAUGCACUCACACUCACUGAACGAUUCCGCCGACGAUUAAAACUACAAACACAGCCAAUCCAUCGUACUGCCUUUGCACAGACAUUGUCACCCACUACUUCUCUUUCCCCAACCGUCAGCACGAAAUCCAAUGUACAUUAUGCCUCCUCUUCCUCCAUUAUCGAACGACCCUUCACCAUACUUUACGUCUUGCUCAAAGUCAUUCUUACCGUUCGCAAGGACUUUGAAAUCAAAGCUCAACAGCAAUCAGCAGAAAUCCUACGAAGUAUAACCCAAUGUGCUGCUGAAUAUCGCCGUAACCAUUGUGAUCCAGCCACCCGCGUCCCUUAUAUGGAAGAAGCAUGCAAUAAAUGGCAAGCAUGCAUGGAUCGAGAUCAUAUGAUCGUCGCAAGGGCCAAAGUAUCCGCCGAAACCAUUGCCGAAAUCAUCAACAGCUUUGUGGAACCUAUUUCGUAUAAAACCAUGGUAACUGGGUCCUGUGUGAUUAUUUCAUUAAAACCUGAAACUAAACGGUUGUCUGUGGCUACUAGAUCUUUUUUCUCGUGAUCACCAUCGGCUCCUUGACAUCCUCAAACUACGCUUUCGGUAUGUUUCGUCGGAAAUACAACGCAACUGUCACUGGUUCGACGUAUGAGCAGACCACCCAUUCCUCUGCUGUCAUUCACGGUUAUCGUCAGUAAAGGGCUUAUGUAUCGGAUAAUCGCAUUCUAUCACCUAAGCUCCUUUAUCCUGUCAUAAUCAAUAAAGGGGAUUACAGAAAGCGCUGUUUAUCCACAAGGUUACAGUGCGUUUAUUUUGAAUAUGAACAUCUUUAUCCUAUUUGCAUAAAUGCAGAGAAAAUUGCUACGUUGCAGUUUAAGUAAGAGUAUCUGAGGUUGCGGUUACAAGAGAAAAAAUAAAUCGGUCA